UAGCAACAACUAGACCUGCCGCUUAGAGUUGUUUAUCUCUCAGGGACCUACCUACAAGGGGCUAAUCCGCUCACGCUGAGCAUCUGGUUCUAGUCUCCGGCAGUCUCCGACCGUUGUACAGGGGGGCACAACUCGUCUCUAUAGAUAUCCACCGCAAACCGACAGCAGCAUCAGGCAGUCUCUGGGCUUGAGGACGGGACAGACUGCAGGAGGGCGAGGGAAAGCCAAAGCACAAGCGCCAUGGCGGCUGCCGAUGUGUCCCUGGGCAACACGGAGGUGCGCGACCUGACGCGAAUCGAGCGCAUCGGCGCUCACAGCCACAUCCGCGGGCUAGGGCUCGACGACUCCCUCGAGCCGCGGGACGUGAGCCAGGGGCUGGUGGGGCAGCACGCGGCGCGCCGAGCCACCGGCGUGAUCUAUAAGAUGAUCCAGGAGGGGCAGAUCGCCGGCAGAGCGAUCCUGCUGGCUGGGAAGCCCGGCACCGGCAAAACCGCAAUCGCGAUGGGUUUAGCGCAGGCAUUAGGGCCCGACACCCCGUUCACCACGAUCGCGGGUUCGGAGAUCUUCUCCUUAGAGAUGUCCAAGACGGAAGCCUUGACGCAGGCUUUCCGCCGCAGCAUUGGGGUGAAGAUCAUGGAGGAGACGGAGAUCAUUGAGGGAGAGGUAGUGGAGAUUCAGGUGGACACCCCCGUGGGAGGCGGCGACAAGACGGGGCGAGUCACGCUGUGCACCACCGAGAUGGAGACGGUGUACGACCUCGGUGCCAAGAUGAUCGAGGCCUUGCAGAAGGAGAAGGUGGGUGCCGGAGACGUGAUGACAAUCGACAAGGCUUCAGGCAAGAUCACCAAGCUCGGCCGCUCCUUCACGCGGUCGCGGGACUACGAUGCCAUGGGCCCGCAGACUCGCUUCGUGCAGUGCCCCGAGGGGGAGCUGCAGAAGCGCAAGGAAGUGGUGCAUGUGGUAUCUCUGCACGAGAUCGACGUGAUAAACUCUAGGCAGCAAGGUUUCCUGGCGCUCUUCGCCGGAGACACGGGCGAGAUUAAGGGAGAGGUGCGGGAGCAGAUCGACCUCAAGGUGGCGGAGUGGCGGGAGGAGGGGAAGGCGACCAUCGUCCCCGGGGUGCUAUUCAUCGACGAGGUGCACAUGCUGGAUAUAGAGUGCUUCUCGUGGCUGAACCGCGCCCUCGAGAGCCACCUCGCGCCGGUGCUGAUCAUCGCCACCAACAGAGGCAUCGCUAAGAUCCGGGGUACCAAUUACAAGAGCCCCCACGGCAUCCCAAUCGACCUCCUCGACAGAUUGAUGAUCGUGUCGACGGUUGCGUACAGCGAACAGGAAGUGAAGAAGAUCCUGUCCAUUCGGUGCGAAGAAGAGGACGUCGAGAUGGACGAGGACGCCAUCAUUCUCCUCACCAAGAUAGCGAUGGAGACAUCGCUACGGUACGCGAUCCACAUGAUCAUGGCGGCGCAGCUGGUGAGCACCAAGCGCAAGGGCACCCAGGUGGAGAUCGAAGAUAUCAAGAGGGUCUACUCCCUCUUCGUCGACAUCAAGCGUUCGACGCAGUUCCUCAUGGAGUACCAGAAGGACUUCAUGUUCAACACCCUGGGGGAGGAUUACGACGAAGAUUCGGAGGAGGAGGAGGAGGAGGAGGAGGAGGAAGAGGAGGGCAUGGACACGGCAGCAUGAUCAAUCGAUCGCUAACCGUUACCAACGAAAGGUGGAAGUGGGGCAGGGAUACGAACACGCGAAUGAUGAUGACCAACCCUCUUCGCGUUGUCGCCAUACACUGAGGCUGAGCCGAAGACAAUGGUUUGUAAAUGUAGGCGCAGAGAUGGUUGCGUGUGUAGAAUAUAUGUUAGACCAACCGGUGUCGCCGUGGUUAUCGCUAAUCUAUUCUGCCCUUUGUAGGGCGCGGCAGCAUGGGGAAGGACAAGGGUGGAGACUAAGCUGUCAAGGAUCUCUCUCCGGUACGGGUUGGUGGAGGAUACUGUUUUGCAUGGCUUAGCGGUUUGACCAUUGACCACGCGUCCUCG